UUUCUUGUUAUUAUUGUUAGGGCACCUAAAAAUGAAUUGGAUAUACUGCUUUGUGUAUGGUUUGAUUCAACUUCAUUUAAAUGCUGGAGCAAGUUAUAGCAGAUCUCUAACCGAAACACUGUCUUAUUUUGAAACGCUGAAUAAGAAUGACAUUACUCAUCGUAUUACGAGAAGAAGUAUUUCAGAAACUCAUAUUCGUCAUAUUGCAUUUAAAAGCCAUGGUGAAAAGUUUGAUGUUGAACUUAUUCCUUCCCACAAGAUUUUUUCUCCAUCAUUUGAAGCAAUUUCAAUUGAUAAAGAUGGCAAUGAGCACCCCUUCUAUGUUGACAAAGACACUUUUUAUAAAGGUCACUUGAAAAACCAUGAGUAUUCUAGUGCAGUGGUACAUGUUGAAGAUGGCAUGGUCACUGCUACCAUUAAUACAAAUAAUGCUACUUUUGUUAUUGAACCAAUGUGGAGACAUGUUGACAAAAAUCCUUCCCAUGAUAUGAUUAUUUACAAAGUUUCAGACAUUCAUUGGAAUUUGACACAUGCAAAUGAGACAAAGACAUGUGGUACACACUACAAUCGUUUCUCUCAUCACGAUGUGCAAAAAGACAUUUUUCACCAAGGCAGAUCAAAAAGAGCUGUAACUUCAAUGCAUAAAAACAUAUGUAGCUUAACACUUGUAGGUGACUACACAUUUUUCAGAACAAUAGGAGGUGGAAAAAUCCCUCUCGCUGUAAAUUAUAUGCUUCAAGUUAUAGCUCGUGUUAAUAAUAUAUACAAAAACACAGAUUGGCCUGGGGUUGGUCGAAACAUUGGCUUUCAAGUCCAAAAAACAAUAAUUCAUGAAUCGUUUAGUAGCGACCAGAAGCACCUCUAUAACAAAGAAAAGGCUGGUCCGUGGAAUGUGGAUGCGUUGCUCACUGAAUUUAGUCGUGAAAAAUGGAGUGCUACUUGCCUAGCUCAUCUGUUUACCCAUCAAGAUUUUGAUCGAGGAGUGAUUGGAUUAGCUUAUGUUGGAAGUCCUUUAUCUGAACAGGUGGGUGGUAUAUGUACACCAACACAUGCGGAUCUAAUUGGAUUGCGCUAUCUUAAUUGCGGGCUUACCAGUGGAACCAAUUGGGGGCGAAGGUUGCUAACGACCGAAGCCGAUUUAGUAACAGCUCAUGAACUUGGUCAUAAUUUUGGUGCCAACCAUGACCCUGCAAGUUGUUCGAAAUCAUCUGGAGGGAAGUAUAUUAUGUAUGCAACUUCUGUUUCUGGAGAUCAGCCAAACAAUUUUAAAUUUUCACCCUGUAGCAAGCAUCAGAUUGCUGAAGUUUUAAAGGCGAAAAAGAACAAUUGUUUUACAGAUCCUGUGGAUAGCUAUUGUGGAAAUUAUGUUGUUGAAGAAGGUGAGGAUUGUGAUCCUGGGAUCACAAAAGACAAAUGCUGUACAUCAAGUUGUACAUUCCAAAAAAACGCACAAUGUAGCGAUUCCAAUCAUGGCUGUUGCACCAACUGCAUGUUUUCGAAUAACCAAAAGCUCUGUCGUGGAGAAUUCAAAUUGGAGUGUAUAGGUGAAACUAAAUGUACAGGUCAUUCAAAAGAUUGCCCUGAGGCUCCCAAACUUACUAAUAGAGAGGAUUGUGGACUUAGCAAGGGAAAUUGUGUUAAUGGCAAUUGUACUUCUUUAUGCGCUCAAAGCAACAAACUCUCAUGCUUGUGUCAGGCAGGUGGGGAUGCGUGCAAAAUAUGUUGUAAAGACACUGAAAAAAGUGACUGUAAACCAUUGGUAAAAAAUGGAGGUGAAACAAAAGAAAAUGAUGGUAUACCAUGUUUUCUGGCUCAGGGACAGGGUCAGUGUGUUAGAGGAAUUUGUAAAACAUCUCAACAGAAUGUUAAGGAUGAAUUUAAAGAUUUACUUAAAGAUUUUACCUUUAGCAAAUUUGCACGAUUCAUGGAAGCUAAUAUUGUGGGCACGAUUUUAGUAUUUUCUCUAAUGAUUUGGAUACCAGCAUCAUGCGUUGUAAACUAUUUAGACAAAAAACAAGAAGAAGAAGACAAGGAAAUGACAAAGUGGUUGAAUCCAUUUAGUAGACAAUUAAUGAAAACAACUCCUGCAAAGUUUAAAGCACUUUUCCAGAAAGGAAGAGCACAAAAGCCUUUAAGGACACAAUAUCAUAUAUCAUCUUAGUAUUAAAAAUGAAAAACAUAAUAAAUCAAAGCCCACCAUAUGGUGUGAAGUACUAUAUAGCUGGAAUUUUUGUUUUCGCUUUUUUAAUCAUGAGAAUUUUAAAUGCUAAUUUUAAUUUUUUCCUGUUUUCGUAUUUUACUGACAGCUGUACUUAUUAAUCCCUUAAAAAUGUAUUUGACUUUGAAUCUGUUUGAGACAUGCUCUGCCAUAAAAUAUUCUAGAAAAAUUUUUCUUUUGAUUUUGCACAUGCUAGCAUUUUUUAUAGUGUAAACAAAUUAUAUCAAACUUUAGCAUGAUGCUGUUCAGUAGAAAAUACUGUUCGCUAGGAGACACAAUAAAUGCUUGAUUAAUCCUAAUAAAUAAACUCCUAUGGGGUUUAACUAAGUUGAAUCCAGUACACCUAAUAAAUUUUAAUGCCGGUAACUGCCCUAGCUACUCUAUCCAAUCGAUGCUAGCAUGGGGAAUGGGUGUUAAACCGAGAAUGAUGAUGAGGUGAAUGAUAAUGAUGAUAAGGGAUUUAAUUUUGUUUUUAAUACCUUGUUACUUUGUGUUGUUAAAUAAUAUUUGGAUAUACAUGUUGUCAAUUUAUUAAGCCACCCUCUAAUAAGCCCUUCUUUCCAAUAAGCUCCAACCUCAAAAUUAAUUUUGGAAGUAAGCCCACAGGUACUUAAUUAAGUAUUUACGAUGAGUGGUUAACAUAUUCGUUUUUAAUUUGAGUGCCUCAAAAGAAGUUGAGUUUUAACUGCAUAAUAUCCACAAAGAUUGUGUGUGCUUGUCUGUUCUUCCUGAUUUUGUAUUAACAACAGAAAUGUGAUUUCAUUUUUAAUUGCUGUAUUUACAAAAUUAAAGUAUAUAAAGUAUGGAUAUGAUUUGUUUUUUUUAUUUGCGUAGCAUAGUAAAAGAAAUAUAGCUAUGAAAUGUAGUAUGUAUAUGGUAAUAUUUAUUUAUAGUUGGUUAUUUUCUUAUGUCCUUAUUAUGUGUCAUUCUAUAUUCAGAUAUGAAGCUUUUAAUUAUAUGAAUACAUUUAAAUGUGUGAACUUUCAAUCUAAUGGGGUUAGGCCUAAAAAAUAUGUUUUCUAACUUUUAUUCAAAUGUCACCAGGAUUCAAUUUUAUACCACUAACAAUUCACAAAGAUGUUGUUGUAUGGACAAGUAUAGUAAUUUGCCUGUGUUGUGUUUUGCUAUGAGUGAAAAUUUUCUAAUUAUAGGAGAUAUAAAACAGAAGUGUUUAGCUGAAAUAAAAUUUACCCUUGCACUCAUGUACAAGCAUUUGUUAUAAUACCAUCUUCUGUUGUCGAAAA